GGGCGCUUUGCUGUGUGUGUGUUCUGUUCCUCAACAGCAGUGCGAAACUCCUUCACUUCCAUCGGUUUUUAAUGUUCAUCUUCUUUAAUAUUGUGUUUUUUCCGUGAUGGAUGUGUCGCUGAUGUGAUAUAGAUGUGUUUGUGGGCCCGCGCGCUUGCGGUUUGGAUCGUUUACAGCGGUUUUGCUGCUUUGUAAUGAGGAGCUGAUGAUCAGAGGUGUUCUGUGCUGUUUGGAAUCAUCGGGGCAGGCAGAAGACAGAUAUCCGGUAAUCAUCGAUCAAAACACUGCAGGCAGCGUUUAACAUGAUGGCACCCUCUAAGAUGAAGUUGCGUGUGAGGAAGCGAGACAGCGCUGACAAAUCGUCUCAGCGUUUAUUGGCCAACGCAUCGCCUGAUUCCAAAUGCCCCAUCUGCCUCGACAGCUUCAAAAAUGUGGCGUCGUUAAACCGCUGCCUGCACCGUUUCUGCUUCCGCUGCAUCCACGAAUGGUCCAAGAACAAAGCUGAGUGUCCGCUCUGCAAGCAGCCGUUCCACUCCAUAUUCCACUCUGUCAAAGGGGAAAACGACUUUAAGGAGUUCAUAUUGCGGCCGCCGGAGAAUGGAGCGGCUCUGAACGCCGCUGCUGGCGAUCCACCAGAGCGUGUGCUCCGCCCCCGGGUUCUCCGAGGCAGGGAGAGGCGGAGCCACAGGGCGCAACAGCCCGCCCCUUCCUCCUCCCCUCCGCUGGAGGACGACGUCAUGUUCGACGGCCUCACGGAUGCAGCGGCGCUCGCGGAGAAUCAAGACGUCCAGCAGAUGGUGCUGAGGCUGACGGCACGAAGGCAUGGGCGGGGCGAGGGGCGGAGCCUGCGGAGAUUGCGCGACCAAGACGUUGUGGCGUUCCGACGUGCGCUUUACAGGACUGGCGUACGCGUGCGCAACGCACGGGACGCCAGCAGACAGAGGGACAUUUCAGCAGCAUUCUUGCGUCAAAAUCCUGGCUGUUUACGGCGGCUGUUACCUUGGCUACAACGCGAGCUCACCGUGUUGUACGGUUCGCACGGCUCGCUGGUGAACAUCGUGCAGAACAUCAUCAUCUCACGCAUCAUGAACUACAAUAUGGAAGACUCGGCUAUCCGAGACGAGCUCCGCCCCUUCCUGCUGGCACGCACCGAUCACUUCCUGCAUGAGCUGGUGAGCUUCGCUCGCUCCACCCUCAACAUGGAGGCGUACGACCAGCAGGCCGUUUACGACUGUCCCGCUCCCAGCUACGAGGAGGGCAGCAGCUCGGACCUUUCCGUUAUUGCCAUCUCUGAGGAUGAUGAUAAUGACAGUGUGGACAAUGUCACAGAAAAUCCUUCUGCUGUCCAGGAACGCCUUGCAUCCAUUGCCACAGCAAAUGGAGCGGAAAGUUUACCAAGUCAGUCGGCAUGGGAUGAUGAAACGCCUGGUCCCUCGUAUUCAACCCUCAUCCCCUCUUCCAGCCAGUCACAGGAUGAGGGGGUGGAGCCAAGCUCAAGUACAGCCCCUCCCCUCACUGCCCUGGACAUGACUGUCCCUGCGGCGAGUGAAAGUGUGUCACCUGGACCAGGUGAAGAUGACGAAGAGGAAGAGUGCCUGAUUGUGGGAUAUGUGAAACCAAUGGCCGAACGUACCCCAGAACUUGUUCAGCUCUCCUCAGAUUCAUCUGAAGAGGAGCAAGAGGCGGCCACCGCUGAGACGACGGCCUUAGUAACGAAAUCAGAAGCGCCCCAAGUGCAACUCCCGUCACAGUCCCACUUGAACCUGCUUAGCCCUAGUUCCUCCCCAGGUCCAGCUCCGAUGUGCAGUCCACAACAUUUACACUCAGAUGGAAUCGGAUCACACAGCAGAGAACAAGAAACUGAUUACUUGUCCUCCCAUGGUCACCAGUCCAAAGAUGGUUCACGGUCACAUUCACAGCAGAGUCGAGAUAAGCUCAAAGGUAACAGGAGGCAUAGAAGUCACCGGAGCUCUGGAAGCAAAGAGAAGGACAAGAGUUUAGAACAAACUCGGCAUUCGAAGCCCCUGGAUUGCUCGCCAAGCCAAACACAGAAUUGGACACAGAGCCCAGCGGUGUCCGUUUGGAGCGGUAGCCCCAUCUCCAGGUCGCAUAGUAGCGACUGCUCUCCCUCCCAAAACAACAGCAACAGGAGCAGAGAGCGUUCGCGCCAUGCCAGAGAGAGAUUCUCGCACUCUCCUUCCCACUCCAAAAGGAGGCGAACCAAGGAAAAGAAGAGUAAGUCGCCUGACUCUGACUCGUUCCUUGGUUCCCACCAUCCCCAGCGUUGUCGUAAACGCCGCAGACGGUCGGUCAGCAGCAGCAGCGCUGACUCGCACUCUGAAAGAUCCUGCUUAGACAAACCCAGUGGCAAGCGCAAGUACAAAACCCGGCACUUGGAGCGAGCAGCCCAGCGUCAACACAAGGAGGGAACCGCAAGCAAGGAAAAGCGUCACCGAGAACGCCGACGCAGCAGGGAACGAUCUCCAAGUGUGGAGAUAAUCUACGAACGAAGGGCGCCUGAUCCACACUGGAUCCAGCGGAGAAAGAGGAGGCACCGGAAGCGAAAGAAGGAACUGCGUUCACCCACUGUGAUCACUAUUGAUAGCGACAGCGACCGUACCAUCGACUGUCUGGACCGCGUCAUGGAUGUUAUAGACCAAACCACUGCUGAUGUCGAGCAAAGGGAUGCGACUCCAGAGCAAGAUUCCCUCCAGAACGCAAGUUGUACCUUGGACUCUUCCAAUCCUCUAUCCGAGCCCUCAAGUCCUAUGGGCCACAGUGACCUAAUCACUGAACGCACACUAAACCUGGACGACUGCGUGGUGGAUGUAGUCGACCGCAGUAGUUCCGACUGCUCCCGAAAUAUGGGUGCCAGUAUCUGUGAAGAGUUUAUGCCCGACCCUUUCCCAGUGGCUUCGAUAACAACAGCCCCACCUUCAGACGUGAGGCUGCUUGAAACCAUUCUGCAAGAUCUUGUGGAUUUCCUACCGAGGGCGGAGCAAGAGAUGGGGCCGCCGAGUCCUCGUGCAAGUUCUCCCGUUCAACACGAACCCACUUCUAGCCAACAAAAAGACCAAUCGGAGAUGAGUGGAGAUGCCGAAAACUUAGAGAACGAGAACACGGAUGGCGACGGACCACAAGAGACUACGACCAACACUGCUAGCUAGACUUUUUUUGUACAGACUCAUGCUUGUCUGAAUCACUCAGCCUCUAGACAUUUUUAUGAACUUAUGUAAAAAUUGAAUUAUUGCUGGAAACGGAUGCUUACGAAACGUUCAGACAAUGUUUUUGCUCAUUUACAGUGUCAUUAUUAUUGUUCAUGUUGUAUUUAUAGUUACGGUGAUCCUCUUCCUCGAAUCUGGUGCUGAUUCACUGUGCCACAGCCCAAUGACGAUCAUGUCUGGACGGCAACCCUUGUUCCACUAACCUUAACCCUAGUAGCAGCAAAUACAUGGGGGUUACCGUCUAGACUAGUGGUUCUCAGCUUGUUUGCUUCAAAACCCAGAUUUUGUUUGACAAGAUGUAGAAUAAAAUAUGGGAAACUUACACUAUCAGAAAAAUAAUUGCAGAACUUGUACCUUUAGGCAUACAAAAGAUUGUCAGUGUUGCAGUACCCUUAAAAGGACACAUUUUAACCUUAUUUACUUUUAAAAGGGAAUUAGUACCUUAAGGGUACAUAUUACUACUUAAGGUGCUAACAGCACCUUUAAGAGUUGAACGAGGUACAAUGUUGUACUGUAAGGAUGCAUAUUACUACUUAAGGUGCUAAUAUGUACCUUUUAGGGUUAGAUGAGGUACAGUGUUGUACCUUAAGGAUGCAUAUUGCUACUUACAGUGUUAAUAUGCACCUUUUAGGGUUGGACAAGGUAUAACAUUGUACCUUAAGAGUGAAUAUUACUACUUAAGGUGCUAAUAUGCACUUUUUAGGGUUGGGUGAGGUACAACGGUAUACCUUAAUGGUGCAUAUUACUAUUAAGGUACUAAUACGCACCUUUUAGGGUUGGAUAAGGUACAGCGUUGUACCUUAGAGAUGCAUAUUACUAAAGAUGCUAAUACGCACCUUUUAGAGUUGGAUGAGGUACAACAUUGUACCUUAAGGAUGCAUAUUGCUACUUAAGUUGCUAAUAUGCACUUCUUAAGGUAGGACAAGGUACAGCGUGGUACCUUAAGGGUGCAUAUUUAUACUACAGGUGCUAAUAUGCACUUUUUAGGGUUGGAUAAUGUACAGCAUUGUACCUUAUGGGUGCAUAUUGCUACUUAAGGUGCUAAUAUUUUAGGGUUGGACGGGGUACAAUGUUGUACCCUAAGGGUGCAUAUUGCUACUUAAGGUGCUAAUGUGUGCCGUUUAGGGUUGGAUAGGGUACAAAGUUGUACCUUAAGGAUGCAUAUUACUAAUUAAAAACUGCUAAUAUGCACCUUUCAGGGGUAAAUAAGGUUGUUUUUUUAAGGUUACUGUCCCAAUGGCAAGUUGUUUUACCUCUAAAUGCUGCAAAAAUUUUAUUAUUUGCAUUUGGCAUUGUUUUUUUUCAGCUUCUGUCCACAAUCCUGUCAAAGCAGACCUGUGAUCCUCUUUUGAAUUAUGAGCCACUGGUUGAGAACCACUGAUCAUUCAUUAUUCAGUCCCACUGAGCUUGGAGAAUUGUGUCUUUGUUAAACUCAGGGAACAGGUGACGUGCACCUCCAUGCCUCUGUUGCGCAGUAUGUGUGUAUGUGCUGGUGUAUGCGGGACUAUGGUGACACCCUGGAGAUAUAAUUCACUGAUCAUAUCUACUGAACACACAUCAAGCCUUCAGCCUACAACAGCUGCCUGUCAUGUCAGCCAACAAUCAAUAAAUGCAUUUAAUAGAUGUACAACAGUGU